GAACACGAGUAUCUGAAGACUGGGAGGCAAUGAUACCAAAACAGCAGAUCCAAUGGGGGUUGGAACGAAUUGCAAGAGAUUCUGCUUAUGAACAAGAAGGAAAGGUUCAGUUUGUCAUUGAUGCUGUGUACUCUAUGGCAUAUGCAUUACACAACAUGCAUAAAGAGCUUUGCCCUGGAUACGUUGGACUUUGUCCUCGCAUGAGUACAAUUGAUGGCAAAGAGUUGCUUAGUUACAUCCGGGCAGUAAAUUUUAAUGGGAGUGCUGGGACACCUGUUAUUUUCAAUGAAAAUGGAGAUGCACCUGGACGUUAUGAUAUCUUCCAGUAUCAAAUAACCAAUAGAAGUGCAGAAUAUAAAAUCAUUGGCCACUGGACAAACCAACUUCAUCUAAAUGUAGAAGACAUGCAGUGGGAUAACAAAGAACGAACUCACCCUGCUUCUGUCUGUAGUUUGCCCUGCAAACCUGGAGAAAGGAAGAAGAUGGUUAAGGGAGUAGCUUGCUGUUGGCAUUGUGAGCGCUGUGAAGGCUAUCACUACCAAGUGGAUGAGGUCACCUGUGAAAUGUGUCCCUUUGAUAAGAGACCAAACGUCAACCGCACAGACUGCCAACUCAUUCCCAUCAUCAAACUGGAGUGGCAUUCCCCGUGGGCGAUUGUGCCUGUCUUCAUAGCAAUACUUGGCAUCAUUGCAACCACCUUUGUCAUUGUGACAUUUGUCCGCCACAAUGACACGCCAAUUGUCAGGGCCUCAGGGCGUGAACUAAGCUAUGUCCUCUUGACUGGGAUUUUUCUCUGUUAUGCUAUCACUUUUUUAAUGAUUGCAAGUCCAGACACUGCCAUCUGCUCUUUACGACGGAUCUUCCUAGGACUUGGUAUGUGCUUCAGUUAUGCAGCCUUGCUCACCAAAACAAACCGAAUCCAUCGAAUAUUUGAGCAAGGGAAAAAAUCGGUCACUGCUCCAAAAUUCAUCAGCCCAGGUUCCCAACUGGUGAUUACCUUCAGCCUCAUAUCCAUACAGCUUCUAGGAGUCUUCAUAUGGUUUGCUAUAGAUCCUCCACAUAUCAUAGUAGAUUAUGGAGAGCAGAGGACUGUGGAUCCUGAAAAUGCCCGUGGGAUUCUCAAAUGUGACAUCUCGGAUCUAUCACUCAUUUGUUCUCUUGGAUACAGUAUUCUCUUAAUGGUAACAUGCACUGUUUAUGCUAUUAAAACAAGAGGUGUUCCAGAGACCUUCAAUGAAGCAAAACCAAUUGGAUUUACCAUGUAUACCACCUGUAUCAUUUGGUUAGCUUUUAUUCCAAUCUUUUUUGGAACAGCACAGUCAGCAGAGAAGAUGUACAUCCAGACAACAACUCUUACAGUGUCCUUAAGUUUAAGUGCUUCUGUCUCUUUGGGCAUGCUCUACAUCCCCAAGGUUUAUAUUAUCAUUUUUCAUCCAGAACAAAAUGUGCAAAAAAGGAAGAGGAGUUUCAAGGCUGUUGUUACUGCAGCCACCAUGCAAAGCAAGCUGAUCCAAAAGGGAAAUGACAGACCAAAUGGCGAGGUCAAAACGGAGCUUUGUGAAAGUCUUGAAACCAACAGUAAGUCAUCAGUAGACUUAACCAUGGUCAAGAGUGGCAGCACUUCCUAA